AUGAGGGCUUAUAUUUUUAUAUCUCUCUUGAUCCUCCACGUAGCAACAGCUCAUUUACACUUGGAAAAAGUUGCAGAAAAGGUACAAUCGGGAAUAAAGCACAUUGCAGAAAAAGCUGUUUCGAAGCUUCACAAAUUGACAGCAGAUUUUGACUUACACAAGCAUGGACACAAAAUACAACCAUAUGCUAAACAUUAUGUAAAAGAGCAUUACACGAGAAAAACUCCGUUUGUUGUGGACCCGUAUCAAAUUGAAAGAUUGAAGCACUAUUUUGAACCUCACAAGCCAAUACCUUAUCAUAUACCUCAUUAUGGACCUUAG